GUCCGCUUCGGCGGAGAAAUAUUCCUUUCCACACAUUUUGCCAUGAAAUUAGCUUUUUAAUGCAAAUUUGGCCAGCCUAAACGCUAUACUUCUUAAAUGCAGUGAAAGAACGUACGGAAAUUUACUCAACUGUGCCCCAUGUCGAAAAUACCGAAAGCAGCACUGAACCUGAAGCAGUUCAUGCUCCGGCAAGAAGUGCUUAAGCUGUACCGUACCAUAUUUCGUACCAUCCGGCAUGUUCCGGAUGCCAGAAGCCGGCGAGAGCUACGGGACUGGGCAAGGGCUGACUUUCGCAACAACCGAAACCAAACGGAUGAGUUAGCCAUCAAGAUGCUGCUGCAGCAUGGCACCCGGAACCUAAAGGAGCUGCAAACCAGUCUCGAGCUGAGUGGAACCGGACCGGGCAGUAGUUCGGACGCGAAGCAGAGCUAAUCAAACAACCGUCCCCGGUUUGAGAUUGCAAACUGUUAAUCACUAGUUCAUGUAUUGAGAGUUAUAUCGCAUAGUUCAAUAAAUUACAAACGUCGGCCAACAACCGUCCGUUACUGUGUAGAUUGAGAUGGUGCAGCAGCAACGGCUACUACUGCAACU